AUGUCUGAAACUCGUGAACAGUUUUUACAGCGGGUCAUCAGGUUCAGGGCGAAUCCACUCGGGCUUGGCCCACAGACACACUGCAAGGACUACGAAGCCACCAACGCGGACAAGGACGAGAAGGGCACUACCAUCACGAAGAACACCUGCCACGCAUUCAUCGACUAUUACAACAGCCGCGAUGAAUGGUGCCAGUGGAGGGUGCCCGGCAAAGCUGUCAUAGUUGCCGGCGUGGAUGGUAAAGCUACGAAUAGCACAGCUACGAAUGGUAUAGUUACAAAUGGCACAACUACGGACCGCGGGGGCAGUCCCAGACCGCCUGUUGAGGGAGAAGGCCAGUGGUAG